CAGAGCCAGUCAGUCGGGCGUUCUCCUCACGGCGAUUUGGUUCAAUAACCGGGCGCACAGCACCAAAGCCAGCACUAUAUUUAUUUACAAAAUUAUAUUUCAAAUUAAAAUUCGUCGCGGCCCAGCUUUCUCGGACUUUGAGCUCGGCCGAGUGUUUUGGAAAAUUGGGGACUUUGGUGGUGCCGAAGGUAAAAAAUGUGAACUGUCCGCAAAUCUCCGGCAUGCGAGUGACUUCUUUGUAAUUUUGGGUGUGCACCGAGAGUUUCAUUAUUCACGCGUUUGUUAGUACGGCGCAUCAUGAGCGCGGCGAUUUUCGGCCAAAAACUGGUUUGCCACCGCCAGUCUGCUGAAGAGUGAAGAUUUUUUCUGCGUCGAGGGACCAUCGUCUCCACUCAGCCUCGGAGGAGUUGGCGGCAGCAAUUGAGACGAGUUUCUCCAUAACAAUGUCAACUUUGGAGAGCAUCCUUGGCGAGCUAAACGCGACCGGCAGCGCCGACUACGACCUGGACGCUGCGGCCGCCGUGCCGGAGGUGGUUCUGCCGCCCCCGCACAUGCCCCCGCUGGUGCCGCACACCCCCGCGCCGGCCCCGCCGUUCGAGCCGAUGCUGCAGUGCAACCACGACUUCUUCAGCCUUGAGUACGACCUCGCCACGGCCGUCAUCUGUGGCAUGUACCUUGUUUUCGGAGUCGUCUACAGCAUAUUCGGUUACCGUUGCUUCAAGGCUGUGAUGUUCCUCACAGGCUUCAUUUUUGGCUCCAUUGUGGUCUAUCUAAUUUGCCUGCAGGAAGCUCUCCUUCCGCCAUACGGCAACGCAGGUGUAGCGUUGAGUGCAGGCCUUUUAUUCGGUCUGAUCACCAUGUUGGUGCAGUACGUGGGCCUCUUCAUGACCGGCUUCCACACAGGCCUCUUCCUGGCCUUCAUCGGACUGGCCGCCGCGGACCCUUUCUACAAGCCGGCUUCCGCCUGGGUCACGCUGGCCAUCUUGCUGGGCGGCGGCCUCUCGCUGGCCGUGCUCAACCUGGCGUGCCAAAAGUGGCUCACCAUCCUUGGCACCAGUCUCUACGGCGGCGCCAUCCUUGCAGCGGCCCUCGACUACUUCGUUGAGAAGUUUUUCAUGGUGUAUUGGCUGUGGGAGAGAGUGGCUUUGAAAGAGACUGAGAGGGUGCCCUGCUGGUUCAGUUGGAUCAUCCUGGGCAUCUGGCCCUUUAUGGUGGUCCUAGGGCUGAUGACGCAGUGUGCAGUCACAGGCAGAGGAACCUACCAUCAAGAAAUGGUGCCGUCCAAACACACAAGAACUGUAGCCCAACAACCUAGGAUAAGGACCAGAGAACAAAGAGCUGAGUUGAGGCAAAAGAAGUACAGGUACCUGUACCAAGUGAGAACCGCUCAUGGCGACGUCAUUAGCCAGAAUUACAUCCAGGCCCUGCAGAGAAAAGUUUGCCUGCCUGGAGAAAGUUCCACCCUUCAGUCAGAUGCCACGCAUUUGACCAUUCUGCCAGCAGACCAGUCCCAAUUGGCAGCUCUCACCGAGUCUGAGGACGACUCGCGGUCCAUGGCCGGUCUCGAACGAUAAGGUGACAACAAAACAAACUCUCGCUGUGAUCAGGCGCACAUACAAAGAAUUAAUCUGCGAAUUCGUCGCUCGAUUCUCUCGUUUCUCAGUCGAGGAUCGGUCACACAAACGAGUCAUUACUUUUUAUCUCAUCAGCUGCCAUUCCCGACAGACACACACACACACACCCAUUAAGUAUAGUUCAUUGCGGUUUCUAGAAACACAGCUUGUGUGAUCCUAUUUAUUUUAAUGUGGUUAAUAUAGUAUGAAAACAGAAGACAGAAUUAGAGUUGACAGGCAUGUACAUUCCGAAGUGGUGCAUUUUGCCAAUGACUUGCUCAUGAAAAGUUAUAAGAUGCUUAUUUGAGCUUUAGUUAUAUUACAUUUUAAUGAAUUCUAUUUGUGACAAAAUAUAUGUGCUAUUUUUCUCUUGUGUAAAAACUGAAGUUCCGUCUCAAGGACAGGUAGCUGUUUGUAAUUUAAAUUUGUAUGAAUACAUUGAAAGACAUUAUUGUAUAGAAAACACAAACUGGCAAAAGUUGGAGUUACAAAGGCAGGGCCCCAAAUUUAAUUGAACAAAAAAACUUUUGGCGAAACUUUGACAAUGGAAAAAUCAUGUGAUCAUGGAGUUUUAAAAGUUUAUAGGAUUGACAAUAAGGAAACUUAAAUUUGGCGAUUAAAAGUGUCAAAACAAAAAAGCACAAUUUUGAAGGCAAUGAAUUAGUUUAAAAAUCUUAUGAAAGACAAAUACAGAAAAAGAACCAAAUGUAAAAAUAAGGUAAUUGUGAUAAGCUCAAGAAUUGCGUCUUUGAAAGAGGAGGAAGUGACGGAAAUAAUUAACCUGGAAAAAGCCGGAAAAGUUUACGACAUACAUUUAUGAACAAAGACAAAUAAAUUAAAGUCAAACUCAAUUUUCGAAUAGGUUUGACAUAAUUAUGUAAAUUUUACACAAUCAUCCCUUAACACAAAGGGAAGCUUUUCAUCUAAAACUGCGUGUUUGAACAAAUUUGUCUGAGGAAGAAAAAUUAGCUGUUAGAAAAAUAGAUGUUCUCUCAUAAAAAUAAAUAAUUUCAUUUUGACUGCAUGCAUGAUAACAGUGUUAACUAAAACUCUAGUUGUUUUCAACAAUGAAUUCAAAUUUCAACUCCUGUUUCACACAAAGCCAACUGCAUCAUAAGUGUUUCUCAAGAUGUCAUAGCAUUCUUGGAUGUCCAGCAUCAUAACUUGCUACAUAAUAGUGUAUGAGUUUUCAGGGGAAAUCAAGUGUUUGUAAAAGGGGGGCAUAAUUUUUGGUCACUUUCAUAUAAUUCAUAAUAGUAUAUUUAUCACAUCAAUCUAUAAUCCAUUUUUAACAAGUAGAAAUACUGAUAAAAGAUUAUAAUAUUAGCUGUUGGAAAUUCGAUAGAGAAGAACAUGACAAUUAAAGUAAGUUCAUAAUAAGGAAAAUCUUGAAACAAAAUCGCUGCCAAAAUAUUUGAAAAAUCAUGAAAAGAAAUGGAGAUUUUUUUGGGCUUUAAUAAUAUGAGCUUACUGUGAAAGAUUUUAGAGUGGAGAAAUAAUAUCCUUGAAUCAUUCCAAAAAAAAUUGGUAAAUUAAAAUUAAGUAGAUUCGGCAACUCUUUUAUUGAAGCUUUUCCACAUUCUGUAUUUGAUCACAAAUUGAUGUAAUUUGAAAACAAAGAUUUGAUAUAAUAAUAUGAUGUAAACCAAAAUCAAAUUGGAAUCAUUUUUACAUUGUUAUUUAAGUUUUUACUAUGUGAUAUAAAUAUAAUAUAAUUUCA